AUGGAUGAGCAUGCAUCCUCUUUCUCUAGAGGACCUGCUGAAGCUUUUCAGUGGAUUGGGCACCCAAUACGGGCUACCUUGUGCCGUAUGAAGGGUGGUUCAAUUUUAACUGGAGUUGGAGAUAAGAUUCUCCGACUUUGGUCUGCUGAAAGCUGCAAAUUUAUGAAUGAAUACAAUGUGCCAAAUUCUAAAACAUUAGUCGACUUUGAUUUUGAUGAAAAUAAGACCCAACGUUACCUGUGCAUCACCUAUUUAUAUGUCGCAAUCUUCAUCUGUUCUUCCAAAAGAACAAAUAGUAUAACACGUAAACUGGAUGACCAGCUGAUUGUUGGUGGUUCGACAUUUGGAACUGUAGCUAUCGCAGAUCAAACCUCAGGGCAGAAGUUAGGUGUUCUGAAAUCAGCUUAUGCACCAUUGGCAAUAAGAUCCUUAUCUUUCUGCACAAAUUCACACAUGAUAUUUGCUGGGUCAUCGGCUGGUUAUGCUCAUUGCUGGGACUUAAGGACUUUGAGGCCUCUCUGGGAAAAAAGAGUCAGUCCAAACGUCAUCUACAGCACAUGUCAUUUGCCUGGUGACACGGCAACGCUGGUAGUUGGAGGCAUCGACGGCGUGCUUCGUGUUAUGUGCCAAAGAACCGGUGAAACCAUUCGAUGUCUUGUCGUGGACGCUGACCGCCCAGCAGAAGCCGCAUCUAGAUCUAGGCAGCAAAUAGAGAAGAAACCUGUUCGCAGGAUUGACCCUGAUGCACAGGUUGACAGCAUCCCGAGACGCUUGCGCCCUCAGAUUACCAGCCUGUCGGUUGGUAUGAAGAAGAUUGUGACCACGCAUGGCGAAAACUACAUCCGGGUUUGGAAGUUUCGCCCGAAAAGCUCGUGA